UAUACUGGACUUUGCUCGAAUAGCUCCAGCUGCAUAACAUUUUGCGCAAGAGUGAGGCGACCAGGAAGGCAAGAAAAUAUCACCAUUUCAGCUGAAGUGUAAAUAAUGAAGAUGUUUUGGAUUUGUAAAUGUCCUUCAGCUUGACGUUUGUCACCUGUAAUUUCUCUAUAUUCUGAUCCCAACGAAGUGAAAACGGUGUUAAGUUUGAGCAUUUCACCAGUGUCCACCGACCGACAUCGUCCGCAUCGCCUUCGCUCUAGUCUUGUUUCCUCGAACGCACCACACAUGCACCGGUACGUAUGACAUGUAUGAUGUAGCAAAAUCCCCGCGGGACCCCGUUUCGUCAUCGAACCAUUUCUCUGAAGGUUGAAUUCUAUCGCUAGCAUUUGUCAAUCAGCUGAACAUUUGCCAAGCACCUUCCGUCUUGUGUCCUCAUUAUUUGCCAGUCUGUCACGUCAGUGGCAGGGUGCCAUCAACUUAACUGCAGCAUCUUCACUACAAUAAAGUACGAGUACGACUGCAGGCAGGCGUGGUGUGUUGGCAUUGCUGAUCCAUUUCAAAACCAGUCUGGGAUAAUCCUACACGUCCUCUGCAAUCAUCAUCACUAAGGGAUGCCUCAUCUAGGCUCCACCCAUCAGCCGCUGAUCUCCUUUGACUUAUCGACAGGAAGGAGGAGCUUUGUCUUUUGUGUCGCCACAAAGUGAUUUGGAAGUGGGAUGAUAAUGCAGUUGAUUGUGUGUCGGGGGCAUGUACGGACAGACCAUCUCUACCCAGGCAGGAGACGGCCGGUGCGGUUCGGAGCUGCAGUGUCCAUCUCGUCAGUCUCGCUCGUAGAUGGAGCCCUCACGGUAUGGCCGCCCCAGCUAAUGACAACGACCUCUUCAGUCCGCUAUCACUGAGUGUCGUUUGCAACCUGUGCACCGCCAAGAUGCAGACUGUGGCCGAUUUGCUGCUGUUGACCAGCGACACGCGGCCUGUGAACACGGACAACGUGACGGGCGCGGUGGGGGAGUCUUUCUCCAAGUGCCGGGACACGCUCAUCGCCAAGACCAAAGGGGUAGGGAUAUUAAGCCGGGAAAUACGACUGCAGUUCCUCACAGGAAAGCUACAGGAAACAGCUGAGAUGCUGAAUGAGUUGACGGACCUUGUUGUGAACAUCAUAGAGUGUUCCAGCCACGCUGCGUAUCUGGCCGCGAUCAGCGAAUCGGGAUCAAAGCAAGCUGUGCCCGGGAUCAUCGAUCGGUAUAAGAUAUCCCGAGCCAGGUUUGACAUAGAGCAUUGCUGCAUGAGGCUGCAGUGCACCCCACUCAUGGAGCUCACUCCGCAAGUUGUAGUGGACAUCUCCACAGAGAUUGCCAAGAAUCUAACCGUCUUAACGAACGCCAGCAAGCUCGCCAGCGAUGCCAGUGACGACCCUUUCCACAAGGAGCAAUUUAAGCUUGCCAUCAAGAGCGUGACUUCCUGCACCAGCACACUUCUCUUGAGCAUCCGGAGGUACAAAGUUACACUGGAUGAGGCUAAUCGAGGACGGUGCAUCACUUUUGCCAAACCUCUCGUGCAAUCUUGCCAAGCUCUAGUCGAGUACGCCACAGAGAGAGAACACAUAGGGACUCCCGCGCAGCUUUGCGAGAGUGGCCGUAAGAUCCAGACAGCGAUACUCGGUGGCUGCAUGAGCAUCGCCAGCUCCUGCAUCCAGUUGGCCAGCUGCCUGCGAGCGGCAUCCCUGGACCUGCACAACACGGAACUCUUGCAACGAUUAGGGCUGUGUUGUAACGCCGUGGCUGACGGCGGCAAGCUGCUCUCGCAGGCGUUGCGGGACAAGAGCUCACCUAGAACGUUACCGUCCACCUCAACCAACUCGCUAAGUUCCAACGGGUCGACUAACUCAUUCCCCAAUGAAGGAGACAGUCACAGCAGCUGAGACAGGUCAUAGCAAUAAAAUGAUCAAUGACUUACGUGUGCAAAAUUAAUGAAUUGUUUCCUGUUACACGAAGCAAGUCAGCCUCCAGUAGGGAGCUAUAAAGUAAGGCUGUAUCAGGGCGUUCCAGUUGCAGAUAAAUAUUAAUAAUAUGUAUACUUCACUUUAUUUCAUAGACACUUGUGCAUCUAGAUACAAUGUGUGCUUUAUUUGACAUGUACUUGUACACCCAACGUACAUGUACCUAGUAUGAAGGAAAGUAUGGGUGGGAAACGUCACAAUUUUUAUUUAAAAUGUAAAGUCGGUCCCAAAGUUUGGUUAACCCAAAGAAUUCACAUCAGGCCAGUUGAUAAUUAUUUCCUGUUUACAAGGGUUUUGAGAAAAUACAUGUAUUGCCGGUUUAGAAGGUAGGUUUGGACAUUGAACUGAUUGAAGGACACAUGAACUCCCCACUUGAGAAUUAACAUGGAAUCCACUGUGGAAUCCAUACUGUGUUAGACUGGAAACAAGACUAAGAAAACUACUGACAAAUUUUAAAUCCCUUCAAAUUUCUGAGUAGAUUCCAAGAACUGUUGGGGGAAAUGCACUCAGUUCUUCCCACGAGGUUUAUCUAGCGCGUACAAGCAUCUCAUUGAUAAUAUUCACACAAAAGUAACUGCUG